AUGGAAACAUUUCAUGAUGGAGAUGACUGUACAAAUGAAUAUGUGACGAGCAGCAACAGUAGUGGAGUCAAUGAAUUUGAAAAAACAAUUGCUAAGAAAGAUCUCGUAUCUGUAAACUUAUUGUCGAGUGAAGAUGAAGGAAAACAGGAGAAAGAAAAAUAUGAGGAACGAUUUAGAGACGGUAAAGUGGAUAAUCAUCACCAAGACAAAAUAGUAACAGAUUAUAAAAUAGAGAUUAUCGAAGAGAUUAAUCAGUCUCAAAGUGAUGAUCACAUGACAUCAUUGUCCAGUCAAUCUCAUAGUGAUGAUCACAUGACAAUAGUGUCCAACCAGUCUCAUAAUGAUGAUCACAUGACAUUUGUGUCCUAUGAAUCUAAUGAUGAUGAUCACAUGUCACCAGUGUCCAAUCAAUCUCCUAGUGUUGAUCACAUGACAUCAAAUGAGUUGACUGAAGAGCAAACAGACGAUGUAUCGACAAGUUAUUUGGCUAAAAAUGAAAUCAAGGAAAAGCUAACAAGAGAUAUUACAUCAACUAUAGUAUCAAUUAAUCAACUGUCACAAUCACAUGAAGAUGCAAGUUCGAUGUCGAGGGAAACACACACUAUCAGGAACGCGGAUAUUACAUCAAGUACCAGCGAGACGUCAUCUCUCGAUUUAACAUGUGAUACAGCUGAGGGUGGCAAUCAAAGCACAAAUUCCAGAAUACCGAAUAGUGUUGCGUCUAGCAGUUCUGAUGAGAAAAUUUCUACAAAUCACUUCAAAUCCUCUCAUAUUACAUCUUCUGCUGAACACCCAGAAAAUGUUGACGAAUCUGAUUCUUGGAAUAAUUUUAGUGAGAGUGUACAAGAUGAUAACAAUUCUCAGGUUGUUAAUGAUAAAUUGAAUAGAACAGAGAACGAAAAUGAAGUGGUAUCUUGUGGUAGUUUUCUUGCAGAACCACUAUCUAAUAAAAAUGUACCAUUUGAAGAGAUAACCAGUGAUUCAGAAAUACAAACGACGACACUCGACGAAACCCGAACUGUCAACGAUGAUACGGAUUCUAUUGAAAAUGGAAAUAGAAAUGAAGCACAUACCUUUGAAUAUGUAACCGAAGGAAGUUCAAAAGAAUUUUCUCAGAACAACAAAGACAACAUGGUAGAUUCAUCUACUGUAUCUCCUGUUAGUUUUACUGAUGAAGUUCAUUCAAAUCUUGGUACUCCUGAAUACGUUGAAACAAAUUCAAAUGAUACUGCAAGUUCAAUAGGAGAUAACAUUGGUUAUUUUGGAAGAAACGAAAAUACUUUUAACAAUAUUGUGGGUAACACAGGUUGUCUGUCAAUACCUGAGGACACUGUUGGAUCUACAUUAGGUGUAAUCUCAAGUACUUCAUAUGAUAUCACCGUUGAGGCCAUAUCAAGUGACGAGGAACUCGAAGAAGGAGAGAUUGCUGAGAUUCCUAACAAAGUUAGCUCAGUUGACGAUAUCUCUGUUCCUAACAACGCGUCAGAGCAUGUAAUAUCAUCAUCAGGAUUGUUUUAUCCGCCUUUAGACACCAUACCUAUAUCUCCACCGGCUAAUGGAAGUGAAAUAUCAUCUUCUUUUAGAGAGUUUACAACGUUCACGAUAACAUCUAGUGAAGAUUUUGAACUGACAACACAACGCAGAGAAGCACCUAUUCAAACCACAGGCUUGCUUUCCGUAUUUCCGUUUUCCUCCUUAAAUAUUCGUUCUGCAUCAAACAGUAAUAAUUCGUCACCAAAUCCACUGGGUUUUAGUUCCUGUCUGUCAACUGAUCCUAUACCAAACAUGUUUCAACCUGCGGAUUCCACUGAUAUUUCAAUGCAAACACCACAAUAUGAACCGUUAAGUGAUGACGAUAGCUAA